AUGUGGCGAUCAAAUCGGUAAAGAUGUAAGACUGUGGAAUCAUCGCAUCGUCGUUAGCUGCGUGGCUGCGUGAUACAUACUAGUCUGCAAAGUCACGAGUCAAGUCUGAACGCCGAGCGAAUCGAAGCGACGGCGACGGUCUCUGUAGUAGCGGCGGACGUGCGCUAGUGUCGGCAUCAGUGCUGCUCGGUCCCCUGUCUUUUAACACACCCAUAUCGGCCUUCUUCUUCAACUUUUGGGAGUACAGCACCGGUUUCUAUCUAGUGGGCUAGUGGGUAAAGGUAUAGGAGAACAACAACCAGCUAAUUAUUUCGGAUAUGAGUUCUUCGACGUAUACCGGGAAUCCGGAUGUCAUGAUUGCAGGUUCGCCUCCACCACCGCCCCCUCCACCUCCCAUGUCUGGUCAACUACCACCUAUGAGAAUAAAUACUACAGAGAAUGCGGCAGCAAAGAAAGCGCAGAUAGUUAAUAACGAUGUUUACGAACCACCAGCAGCAAUUCAAAAUGCGAUGUUGACAAAGGAUAAGAAACCAUUUACCUACACUCCAGGUAUGGGUGGUAAAUUAGAUUUGUCGCAGAUUCGUAGCCCGCGGAUGGCGAGAAGAGUUGCGAAAAAUGCCAACGACGAAGGGAUAGAGGGGCCGCCGAAACUUGCCGUCGAGUCGAAACCGUCGUCGCCCAUGGCUUCUACCGCGGCGAAUUUUUUGGUGCAACCACAGGUCGCGGUACCAGUCUUUCCUUCCAAUAUGCCAGUUCAGGCACACGUUAACAGGAUGUCAUCAUCUCAGCUCAUUAAUAGGACGCCGUCGAAUGCCGCGGACAAGCAAGCCGAACCAUCGAAGAACAUUACAAAGAUAGAUACGAAAGCAGUACCGAUUAAUACUCCCGAAAGUCCGAGUACACCGACACAAGUUACUUUGGCCAAGGCACCUACGCCCUGGCUGCAAAAUAAGAACAAGCCUCAGGAGGAAUUACCCGAAUGGGCGAAACGCGCAUGUAUCAAUAAAGCAGUUAGCAGCGGCCCAUCGGAAAGCGCACCUUCUUCCCCGAUGGUUUAUGUUCAAGUUCAGCAAUCGCCCCCGCAGUAUUCGGAAGCAAAACAAAAGCAAGGGCAAGAACAACAUCCGUCUCCGCUGGGUCAACAGCCAAAGUCGCAACAGCCCUCUCCGCAAUGUCAACAGCAGCCGCAACAACAGAAGCAGAAUGCCGUUUCCGCAAUGUCCCAACAAGUUAAUCCACAAUCGCAUCAACACGAGCGUGUUAUACCCAUUCGAAUCGAGGAUAGACCGUCGGUAUUCGAUGUAAAACGUGAUUCUGGCCAUCAUCAAUUUAAACAACCUCCAACUUUUCAUCAUCAACAACGAUGGGGUCAGAUGCCUAGUCAAUAUACGUUAGAGAAUCAGGCGCAAAAUCGUCCACAGGAUCAAGAACAGUCUCAAAUUCGCAUUGCAGCUUUGCCCCGUCCGGAACAACCGGUCGAAACAACCUACAUCAUCCCUCUCGUAGUGAAAGAUAACGACAAAAAGACGGCACCGUCUAAUGCCGAAAAUAAUACGACCGAAAAAGCUGCAAAAAUUGUGCAACAGCGGAAUCCCAACCCGAUUCAACAGUACGAGGCAGGUCCAAUUCAAUCACGAUCAUUCCGUGUUCUUCAAAAAAUUACGGAUACGGAUGCAGUCAAUGAUGUGGGUACAGAACAAAUACGUAAAUUGGAAUUGAGUGAAGAUGAGAGGCUACUUAUGAAUAAAUUUAAAGAACAAGUCGAUCACGAGACUUAUCUCCAUCAAGAGGAAGAUCCAAGAUAUCGCGGUGCAGCAAUACCUUCGCGAGCUUUCCGUUUUUUACAAAAUAUGACAGAUUCGAGUGAUGCCACAGUUACUUGCGCAGCGUCACGUAAUAUACAAAACAUUGCAAGUAAGAAGCAAAAUAGAAAUUCGAAAUUGUUUGAAGAGACACAGGCAAACUUGCCGCCCAGUGAACAACAAGUUCAAGAACCGAAGAAAUACAUGGGUAGUGCAAUUCCUUCUCGAUCCUUCAGAAUAUUACAAGCGAUGACAGCACCAGAAGGUAACGCCACGCAAGAAAAUCGUCAAGCAGAUUACACCUGCCGAACAGAGAAUAACUUGCCGGGCAAUCAGCAGGGUGUAUUUCUUCCUCUUCAACCUAUUCCUUUCUGGUAUCCCGAGGGUUGGUGGGGUUAUUAUCCCGUGCAGUAUAAUGCUGUAUCCAAUAAGAUCGCGAAUGAAACGGACAGACAUUCUUUUCCUUUUUACGCAUAUCCGAAUGGAAGAACGUACGUUGGAUCCUUUUAUCCGGUUUAUAAUGAAAACUUUGCGGACGCGAUGACACAAAUGAGAGUUAUGGGCCGAGAAAAUUCUUCAGGCCAAUACGCUGGUUACACGGCCGUAAUUUAUCCUCAAGCAGGCUACAACGAUAUUCAAUCUGCAUCGCACGUUGAUGAAAACAAAUGCAAUUAUAUCGACGAUCGUUUUACCACUGCCGAUUCAUUUUUCGCUCAAAACAAUAGACUAGAUUUUAUGCCAAACAGCACGGUUAAUGAAUCAAAAAACACUGUUUUGCCCAAGAUUAAUCACAAGAUUAACCAUUUGGAUGCACAGUCGAAUGACACGUAUAAUCCCAAGAGUGUCAGCGAAAACUCCAAUACUAAUAGAGAAAAAAAUUGCAUAACCACGGCGAUGAAUAUAAUCGAGGAGGAUAGCAUAUCGACGGAUAAUUCCAACAACAUUGCAGUUACUAAUAAUAUCGAAAUGCCGGGAAAAAAAACAUUUGGUCCUUAUAUCAACGUGCCAAAUUACACCUAUAUAGAUACUAGCGAUUCUGGUGCUUCUAGCGAUUCUAACGAUUCCAGUGACUCUAAUGAUUCUACCUCGGACAACGAACAACUUUCGCAUUCUUGUCAGAAGAAUCAUAGCCUUAGCAACGAUACUACUUUCAAUAAUACGUCAUCCGAUAGUGAUUCGGAUUCGUAUAUAGCUUAUUCCACAAGCAUGAACCCUUACGGGAAAUUGGAGAAAGAUCCGUGCGAUUUCUCUUUGAACGAGGAUCGCACCGACAUCACAGCUGCAUGUUCGACAUAUCCUAGCGCUAAUAAUCUACAUGGAUGCUCGCGAGAUUUUUCCGAAAAUCGUAAUCACACCGAGGAGAUACGUUUCAAUAAGGAGCAUAUCAAUUACUCGAACGAUCGUGUAAACUCUCGUGCAACAUCGUGUCAGCAAGAUAUUGCAUACAUUGCGAGCGAGAUAUGUAACGAUGAGAAUUCAACCAUUGAUCGAAACGAUCUUGACUCUUAUUCCAGUAAGAGCACCGGCGAACAUCACUCGGAGCAACACGAUCAGCGACCGGAUCUGGCGACCAACAGCACCGUUUUCCAUGUUCAGUUGAACGAUGAUCGUGAAAACGUGGAACAACCGGACUCCGAGACUCCUUGUUACAAGAGUAAGGAGAGAAUCGAAGCUUUCUUUGAAGCGACCGACGAUCCUCCCGACACCGAUGUCGAGAGCACGAUGGUCAGCGUGAGCUUGCCCCUGAGAUUCAAGUUUUUUGUAUCGGAAGACAACGAAGACAUCACCACUGUGAUUGUCGGCGAUAGCGAGAUAAAGGCGGAAAAAUCCUGCAACGAGUAUUUCUCGAUGAAGGAUGAUGUUUGCGUUGACUUUCAUGUCGGCAACGAUACUAACGUAAAUUUUACGGUAAAGACACACCUUUCAGACGCACGGAACGAGGCACGGAGCAUCGAGAGCGCGAUACCGCAUGUAGAUUUCACAUUAAGAAAAGAUCCAACGGGAGUCAGCGGAGUUAAUUGCGGAGAACAGAAUGUAGAGACAGAAGUCACAAUUGCGAAAAUGGGACACGGCUGCGGGAUAAACUCCGCAAAACCAGUAUCGAGAGACACCGAUGACGAUGAUGCUAUUUCCGAAUCGAUAGUGGCUACGCGAGAUACCUUAUUGAAUCGUGAUGAAAAUCGCGAUUACACCCAAGCAGAUUUCACUUGUAAUAAUAAUGUUGAAAGUAUCGCUUUUGGCAGAAUGAUCGCUGGACCGAAACUCGCCAUAUUCGAAUGCUCCAUGCGAGACAAUUUCCAAAUUCCAGAUUUUCAGAUUGUCGGUACGCAUGAAACGGAUCGGGAAAACUGUGCGAUAACAGCAGAUGACAAACAUGGUCGAGACAUCGAUCAGGAUCUCUGUCGGAUGCAAAACAUAAAGCGUUUGCCGAAUGUCCAAGAUCCUCGCGAAGACACCGACGACGAGGAUAGCGGAGUCACCUCCGAUGUAAGUCGCAUGAUAUCCGAGGUUGACACGGACUCGGAGUGUACUUGUCUGAAGAAUGUGAAAAAGUAUCAACGAACGCAGACGCAUUCGCGACUCUUUCGGCUUUUGAACAAUGACUCUAUUCUAUCUCUAUCCGGUUAUUCCAAGACAGAUAACUGCGGAAAGGAAUCGUUUCUCAGCUUGCCACUCAAGACGAACGCUUUUAACUACGAUGACAAUCACUGUUCCAAUUAUUCCAGUGGCUUUACCUCUCCCGAAUAUUCGCCCAUUCACGAGCAGUCUUGGCAAAGAUUUCACGAAGACGCGACGACGAACGCAAGUAGUUCAGCGAACUUGGCAAAUGUUGAAACCGAUCAUCUUGCGAGUCAGCGAGAACAGAACGUCUCUUCGAAGGAUGACUCUUAUUUCCGAGUUUGGAAGAGUCCGAAAUUACCUAGUUUACGCGAGCAGGAUGUUGUACCUUCUCUAGCUUUCAAGACAAUCGAUAGCAAGAUACCCUCUUGGGCAUACAAAGUGAAUGUACUGUGCCCGAGAGUCAAGAGUACGAAGAGCGUGCCGCAAACUCUAGCACGGCACAGCGACAAAACUAACGAUUCUUCGCGGAUGGUUCCUUCUAUUCCAACAUCCUGUACAAACUCUAAAACCAGUUAUUGCUGACGGUCCAGGGUGGAAUGAGGCCAUAUGUUUGCUCGCCGCCGCGAGCAACUGCUCUCCACGAUCCACGGACAUACUUUUCUCUCAAUUUUCUUCGCAAGACAGGGUUGGGUAUGCCCGAGAUGUUCUACGGGCUACGUGAUUUUUUUUUCUAUCGGUCCCGAUGCAACUGAUUACUGAUUGUGAGAGAGGACGAGUGAAAUCCUCCUUAGGCAAGGCCGAAUUGUUAGUGUGCUUUUUUCUAUUUUGUUUACAAAAUAAUCCUUAUAAUGCUUGUUUACGUCGCAUUUGCCGAUUCUUCAGCAAAAAAUUAACCAAAGAUUUUCUUUAAAGAGAAUUGCAGAGAUACAUUAUUUAAAAUUAUAUCAGUUGAAAGAUUUCUCAAGAUACACUGCCGUGAGAUAAACAAUUUUUCAACUUGUUCAAACUUUGGAUUUUGGUAUCAGAAAUCUGUGUGAAUGAGAUUCUAUCUCAUAGAUUUUUUGAUGUGUAAAGAUAAGUUGAUAAUUUCGUUUUAAAUCGUCAUUAGAAAUGAUCAAUAUUCACGUACAAUCGUGUGAUCAACUUACUUUUGAAAUUUUAGUCAAUUAUAAAAGAGAAACUCUAUAACUUUUUAAGAUUUUUUUAUUUCCAAAGAAGAAACUUAAAUAACUAUAUUAGGAGGUUGUCUGUCUUGAUAUGCCGCACCGCAACGUAGAUAUAAUACAAUACUACGUGAGCACAUGCACGUGGUUUAUUUAUUUAAGACAAAUGUGAGAUUGUUAUAUGGAAAUUAUGUAAUAACACUCUUUUUAAGAAUAUUAAUCAUUAUUUGAAAAUAUAUGUGUAAGUACAUA